AUGGCACGAAGUUCGGUCCCUCAACGUCGACUCCACGAGGAUUCCGAUGACGAUGAUUCCGACUCAUCCCACCCCACCCCGAGCCCCAACAACAAGCGCCAACGUCUGAGCCCCGCGGAGGAAUCCAGUGAAGAGGAUGAAAGUGGAAACACUGAAGCCGGGGAGGGCGCUAGUGCUAGUAAUGAUUCUGACGACAAUGACAACGACGAUGACGACCAGGGUGAAACAAGUGAGGACAUGGACGAUGCGGGCGCAAGAGCUAUCGCUCAACAGCCAGUUAUUGACCAUGGAGUUGGCCCGGGAGGUUAUAAGCCGGGCGCGAUUGUGCGCAUCAAAUUGACCAACUUCGUGACUUAUAACUCGGCGGAAUUCUUCCCCGGCCCCAAGUUAAACAUGGUCAUUGGGCCUAACGGUACUGGCAAGAGUACCUUGGUCUGCGCUAUUUGUCUUGGUCUCGGAUGGGGCCCUCAGCACCUCGGACGCGCAAAAGAGGUCGGCGAAUUCGUCAAACAUGGCUGCGCCGAAGCCAAAAUCGAGAUCGAGCUUGCUGGACGACCAAAAUUGUCGUACAACCCGGUGAUCACCCGUACGAUCAAGCGUGAUGGAAACAAAAACACAUUUACCCUGAACCGGAAACCCUCUGGUUUCAAGCAAGUUCGUACUCUGGCGCAAUCAUUCGCGAUCCAGGUCGACAAUCUAUGCCAGUUCCUGCCUCAAGACAAAGUCGCUGAGUUUGCAGCGUUGACUCCCAUCGAACUUCUUCACUCGACACAGCGAGCAGCAGCUGGACCGGAGAUGGUAGAAUGGCACACCGGCAUCAAGAAGCUUCGCGCCGAGCAAAAGCAAUUCGAGAUAGACAGUCGCGCGGACCGGGAAAUGUUGAAAAACCUCGAGGAUCGACAGGAAAGCCAGCGAGAGGUGGUGCAAAGGAUGCGUGAGCGAGAUGUCAUCAAGCGAAAGAUGGACCUGCUUGAAUUCAUGCGCCCCAUCGUCGAAUACAGAGACUACUACACCCAGUUCAAGGCGCUGAAAGAAAAGAAGGCCGCUGUUGACCAAGCUUAUGACCGGCUUAGGUUGGAAGUUGAACCCGCUUUGCAAUCUCUCAAUGCAAAGCAAGAAUAUUCCGAAAAAAUCACCGCUGCGAAACAACAUCGCAAGGAGGAAGUCGAGAAAUUGACAAGAAUAGCCAAACUGCGCGGGAAGAAGAUUGAAGACUUGGCAGGAUCCAUCCAAGGAUUGAAAAACGAUAUCGAGGCAGAGCGAAAGUCAGGCCAAAAGCACAAACAAGAAGCCACAAAUGUCUCGCAAAGUAUCGCCCGACUGAGAAGAGAAUAUGAGGAAGAGCCCGUGGAAUUUGAUCCUGACCACUACAAUGAACGGCUGAGAGAGAAACGACUUGAAAGGCGUGAGAUUGAAGCCAAGGGGGAGGAAAUGAAAGCUCGGAGGGCCCCGUGGGUCGAACAAGGGAGAGCUCUGAAUUCCAAAAUCGCGGAGUCUGAGCAACAAUUAAAACACUUGGAUUCAGCAACCGGAAAACAAGAGAUGAAGUUGCAUGCUGUGUCACCCGACUCUCUGAAAUUCUAUCACUGGAUUCUCAAGAAUCAAGACAAAUUCGAACACGAAGUAUUUGGGCCUCCCAUGGUAACCUGCUCUGUGGCUGAUCCAAAGUAUGCCGAUGUCAUUGAAUCGCUUUUCCAGAAGAGCGAUUAUACAGUUUUCACAGUGCAGAGUAGGAACGACUUCCGAACGCUUCAGAAGAAUAUCGCCGAACAGAGGCUUGCAGAUAUCAGUAUCAAAACAUGUUCCAAACCACUCAGCCACUUUACAGCGCCUGACUUCAAUGUCCAAAGUCUUGGAUUCGACGGAUGGGCCAAUGAAUUUCUGACUGGGCCCGAUCCAGUCAUUGCCAUGCUGUGUAUGGAGAACCGACUGAAUCAAACACCGGUCGGCCUCCGUGAAAUUUCCGAGGAAGCUUUUGCACAGAUGGAAAAUGGCACACUCAAUUCGUGGGUAUCUGGCAAGCACAGUUAUAAUGUCACUCGCCGCCGAGAGUAUGGCCCUGGUGCCAAAUCAACUCGUGUCCGCCAGGUCAGGCCUGCACAAGCCUGGACUACAAAGCCAGCAGAUGCAUCUAUCAAGCAACGGCACCUCGAUGAUAUCCGACAGAGCAGGGAACAGCUCGCCGAGCUCCAGGCCAACGUGAAUUCAGAUAAAGCUGCGGUGGCUGAGCUUACAGCUGAUCACAAACGAGUUCAACGUGAAUAUGAUGAAAUCGAGGCCGAGAAGGCCGAGAAACAGACUGCACAUACGCAUUGGCGGUCCAUUCCCGAUAGACUUGCCCAACACGAGCAGAAGCUCAGGAGCUUCCAUGAUCUCUUUGAUGAAGUAAGAGAACGGGUACACGGCUAUCGAAAUAGACAAGAUGAAAUCGCCAUUCAAAGGGCUGAGUCUGCAAUCGAAUACUCUGAUGCGGUUGAGAAACUCCGUCAAGCCUACGAGGAACUCAUGAAAGCUGAGAUACGACAUCUGGAAGCGAAUUCUGAUCUUCAAACUCUGAGAGCCCGGCACAGUGAUGUUUCCAAAAUGCUCGAAGAGAAGCGCCUAGAGGCGGUCCAGAUUUCCAACGAAUUCAAAGAAGGAGCCAAAAAGGGCAGACAUAUGAUAAACAAGGCAAAGCAAGUCAGCCUUGCAGUGAAAGAAAAAGAAGGGGGCGCUGAAGCUCUUGACUCCGUCAAUGAACCGGGGUAUACCGAAGACCAACUCAAUGCAGACAUCGACUCUAAGAAAGCUGAGCUGGAAUUUACCCAUGGUGGAAACGAGAAUAUGAUCCAAGAGUUUGAGCAACGCGAGCGCCAAAUCGACAAGUUACAGAGCAAACUCGGUGACUUGAACAAGACGCUGAGCGACUACAGCGAGGCCAUCAACGAAGUGCGCCAAAAAUGGGAGCCGAUGUUGGACGCUCUUAUCAGCAAAAUCAGCCACGCCUUCUCUGACUCAUUUGCACGCAUUGGCUGUGCUGGCCAAGUCAGUUUGGACAAGGUGAAAUCUGAGGCUGGGCCCAACAAUGACCCUCCCGCCGAGUAUGAGUACGAUCAAUGGGCGAUUGAAAUCCACGUCAAGUUCCGCGAAAGUGAAGAGUUGGCACUUCUGAAUGCUCAUCGCCAAUCCGGCGGCGAGCGAGCUGUGAGUACCAUCUUCUACCUGAUGGCUCUACAAUCGCUCUCAGCCUCGCCAUUCCGUGUUGUCGAUGAGAUCAAUCAGGGUAUGGACCCUCGAAAUGAGCGCAUGGUGCAUGGUCGCCUGGUUGACAUUGCUUGUGCGUCGAGCAACGAGGAGAGCAAUUCCAUCGGCGGUGGCGGUGGAGGUCAGUACUUCCUCAUCACGCCGAAGCUGCUCAGUGGACUUUCCUACAAGUCUGGUAUGCGGGUGCUAUGCAUCUACAGUGGUCAACACAUGCCCAAGGAGUACGCGAAACUGGACUUUGGUCGGGCGAUUCAAAAGAUGAAAGAGAUCACUGCACAAAGCGGAAGGUCCACUGGCAACGAUCAGGCCGAAGCCAUCGCAAACCAUCACCAAGUGGAUGUUUAUGCCUAG